CUUCAAUCUAUGAAACCGCCUACCCGCACGCUCCGCUCCAGCUCCUCAACUCGUUGAAUAAGACGUCAAGCUUUCAAGCUUCGAGGGCGAAAAUCUACACGACCACGUGUUCGAAUCAAAUCUUCCACUUCAGGUCGUUGAACCACACUUGUUCAACAAGAUGCCGGUUCCGUCUCGAGUUCCCAACUGGCAAAACGUCUAAUCAUACUAAUUCCUAAUCAUGCAUAUGGCUAUCCUUUCUGACAUUCACCGCCGUCUUAUUCCACUUAUCGCCCCAAAUUUUAAUUAUUUCAAUCCCACACAGACCUAUCGUGACCAUCAUUAACGCGACGGUAUCAUACAGAUCCUUCAGAUGCGCUCACACGGCGCGGCCAGUGCCCAGACCAGAUCUACUUCCGCCUGAUUGGUUGUCUUUCAUACCUACCAAAACCUAUAGUCUUUCAUAUGUAAUACGGAUGUCAUACAUCAAGAUCCACGUUCAAUAGCCUAUGCCCUGGAGCAUCUUUCAAGGUUCAUCCCGUUCAUCGCCAGUUUACGGAUGCAUUCUUGGACCGAGGCUUGUAAUAGGCCAUGUUCUCAUGAUAUUCCGAUCCAUCGCAAGGCAUCAUGCCCACCAAGAACCCCGUCUUACCCAAUACCGUCACUCGCUUUUGUUCUUCUUCCACGAUGCAUGUUUGGUCGUUAUCUUCGUAUCCCAUUCUUACUGGGACUAUUGAAUAUAUCAUUCUAGGCUCAUAUGAUGGCCACGUCAGAGGUCCCUGAAUGUAUUGAAAUCUAUUUUGUGAUAGAUAGAACAAAACGAACGAGAACCGGUCGGAACCGGCAAGGGAGAAUCAAUG